AUGCUGGGUGUAGAGACUCCGAUAGUAGCCAGUCUUCGAGAUCGUAAAGAAGUAUUCGCCAUGCAGCCAGUGCACUGUGCUGUCUUAGCUGAGCUGGAGGGGCCUUUAGAGACAGACCCAUUCCAAUACAUGGGUAUUCAGUGGAUGGCAUUCCAACACGGUUGGCCUCUAAAAAUGCUAUCGUCACCGCGUGAUUUCGUGACAUUAGUAUCUAAAGGGACCAUGACGCGCGCAAACGGCGAGAGAAUCGGAUAUCAAGUGGUUCUGCCAGCAAGACUUCCUCAGUAUCCUCCACUGCCCGGUUUAGUUCGCAUGAACCUCAUGCACGCAGCAAUCUUCAAGCAGAAGGAACCUGGCAUCGUUGACAUCUUCGUGCAGACACAGAUGGAGACACACAAUGCUCUUCUCAACAAAGUGAUAAUUUCUGCAACUUGGAAAUCUACUAUGGAUCUAUGGAGGGCUCCGCAGCUUGCAGAGAUGAAGAAAUUACAAUGGUGUCUUGCAAAUUGCAAGGUCCAACGUCGAAAGCUGCAGCGAGAAGUGUCUUUUUCCGCAAAGGACGUCUGCAAGAAGUGCCGUGAGCAAGCAAAGUUGCGAAGAAGGGGAGUAGGGGACAAAAUGUCAUGCGUCUUGUGCGGUUCGAUUACGUGCUCCAAUUGUCGUGUAGAAAGAAUGCUUGAAUCGAUAGAUGAGCGGCAACUCAAGAUGACAGGUCACUUGGUAAUUGUUUGCCAGAGGUGUAUGGUAUUUGUACAGCACAUGCGACCAGUAGAUAUCGUGAGGCAGGCACAGAAAACAGCUUAA